AUGUCUUUUCUUCCUGACAGAUUUUCAAAGAAGAAAGGUCUCCUUACGGGGAGCAGUCAUCAAGAGUUCAGCGAUUCUGGAAUCCCCUACCCGGUAGGUAGGACUAUCCCGCCGGACAGCAAUGCCGAUCCUAUCGUGGCCUUUCUUGUCAAAUACAAGGACCCUGUUGAAUACGAGCGAUGGGUAAGAUUUGCUGAUUGCACAAAGCAAGACUGCGAGUCCUUGCUCAAGAAAAAUGGCAUUAAGGCGGUGGUGACAUGCAGGACGAAGCAGUAUGAGUCGUUGAAAAAGAAGAUGGAAGACCUGGCGCGAGACCCAGACUUCAGGGCUUGGUUGGGGAAAGGACACAAUAUCUACCAUUACUCUGAGAUGGGAGAUCUUGCUGGUGUCCGCAUCGGACUGUUCUUUCCCGACGACGUGCCUACAGUUGUGAAACUUAUCAACGAUCGCUUCAUCGUUCGCCACACUUUUGGUACUGUCACAGGCGGACGCGAUACUGUCUCAGGUCGAAAUGAAGACAGCCACAAACAUAAUCAAGGCCCUUGGCGCUCCCAGGACAGCAAUAGAAACGAAGAAGAUUGGCAGCACUACGGAUACAAAUCAUGGCAACAGGUCGUCGAAUGGGGCGAGAACUAUUCACCGAUUAUAGGCUUGAAUGCGCCUAGGGUGGAGAUUCAAGUCGGAACCGUUGUCACACAAGCUUGGGCGGAGGUGCAGCACAACAUCAUAUAUAAGAGGUCCAACGAUGUUCUCGCCACGCCAUCUAUGAAGAGGAUGAUCGAUGCUAUCAACGGAAUGGCUAUUACAACCGAGAUCAUGUUACGGGAACUCAAACGCAGCGUUGAAGCCGCGGAGCUGGAAGCUAGGCGCAAAGCGCAGGGUGCCUACGUACCAUCUGCAAAAAAUACGCUUGGACAUUAUACCUAA